GACAGCGAGAUCGACGUGCUGCGCAAGAACCGCAUCGCGCAGAUGAAGGCGCGCGCGCAGCUGCGGAGCGCGUGGCUCGCAAAGGGCCACGGCGUGUACGCCGCGCUGAGCGGCGAGGGGGCGCUGCUGAGCGAGCUUCCGAAGCACGAGCGCGCGGUCGUCCUCUUUGGCAGCCGGGGCGCGCCCUCCCACCUCACCGAGGCACUACACCUCCACCUUCGCCAGCUGAGCGUGGUGCACGUCGAAACCUACUUUGCGCACCUCGACGCGGAGGAGGCGCCGCUCAUCUCGUCGAUGGUCGAGCUCGCCGAGCUGCCCACGCUGCUGCUGUGCGAGGGCGGCCGCGUCACCGGCCAGCUCGCCGGCGUCGACCGCACCUUCACCACGGAGGGGGUCGCGUACGAGCUCGGCCAGCGGGGCCUCGUCCAU